AUGGCAGCUGAUAUAGACUUUUCUUUCCUGGAUGACCCUGAGUUUGGCUUACCUAGCUACUUUAAGCCAAAACAAGACCCAAUGGAAGAAUUCAACACUCUUCUAACUCAAGAAGUCCCACCAAUCCGCGAAUUCUCUGGCAAAGACUCAGAAGAGGCUAAGAAGCUCUUUAAAUUCGCAAAAGGAACAACAACAUUAGCAUUUGUGUUCCAAGGAGGAAUUUUAAUAGCAGUCGACGCUCGUGCUACAAUGGGGAGCUUCAUCGGCUCUCAAAAGGUCAAAAAAGUCAUUGAAAUCAACGAUUAUCUCCUUGGAACUAUGGCAGGAGGUGCUGCUGAUUGCUAUUAUUGGGAAAAUAAUCUUGCAAGAGUUUGUAAGCUUUAUGAGCUAAAGAACGGCGAAAGGCCUAAUGUAGGCGGAGCUGCACAAAUUUUAUCUCAAAUGCUUGGACAAUAUAGAGGAUAUGGACUGAGUGUAGGCACAAUGAUUGCAGGGUGGGACCAUAAAGGCCCUGGACUUUAUUUUGUAGACAAUGACGGAAUGUGCUUAAAAGGAAACAGGUUUUCAGUUGGAUCAGGGUCUAUUUUUGCAUAUGGAGUGCUUGACUCACAUUACAGAUGGGAUAUGACAUUAGAUGAAGCAGUCGAAUUGGGAAGAAGAGCUAUUUACCAUGCUGGACAUAGGGACGCGAUGAGUGGUGGCGUUGUAAGAAUUUAUCAUGUCCAUGCAGGAGGAUGGACUAAUAUUAUCCAAGCUGAAGAUUUAAUGAACAUUCAUAGACAGCGCGACGCAGAAAAAGGAAUUGAGUUCUUAGAUGAUGAAGUUACCUUUAAUAGUUAA